AUGAUGCAGGACCAAGUUCUCAUUCCUGCCUGCUUUUCAUCCAGUGAGAAGCUGAUGGAUGAUUCAGCUGGAGUAACCAGGUCAGGACAGAGUGUUUUCAUGUCAGUUUAUCGGACAAAAAUUGCAGAUCAAUGCAGGUUAAUCACCAUUACUUGGUGCAAAAAUUUGCUACUCCAUGGCCUUUCUGUUUCAGUUGAAGGGCCUGAAGGAGAGAGCCAGUAUACAUGCAAAGUUGAGCUGAAGCCAUGGUACUUCUGGAGAAAACAAGGAUCAAAACGCUUUCUUGUUGAAGGUAAGCCAGUUGACAUCUUUUGGGAUCUCAAGGCUGCAAAGUUUAAUGGUGAGACAGAGCCAAGCUCUGAGUAUUAUGUUGCAGUAGUUUAUGAUGAAGAAGUUGUGCUACUUAUUGGUGACUUGAAGAAGGAUGGCUAUAGGAAGACAGGCUGCAGACCAGCUCUUAUUGAUCCCCUUUUAGUAUCAAGGAAAGAACAUAUAUUUGGUAAGAAGAAGUUUUUGACAAGAGUUAAGUUUCAUGAGAAGGGGAGAAUACAUGAGAUUGCGAUUGAGUGCAAAAGCCGAAGCAACAACAGUGGGAACCUCAGUAAUGCAAAUUCUCCAAAUGGGGUUGAUCCUGAGAUGGAGAUAAGGAUAGAUGGGAAUUUGGUUAUUCAUGUCAAACACCUGCAGUGGAAAUUCAGAGGCAAUGAUUCAAUUAAAAUGAAUAAAGUAAGAUUAGAAGUGUAUUGGGAUGUUCAUGAUUGGCUAUUUAGUCCUGGUUUAAGGCAUGCACUGUUCAUCUUCAAACCAACAUUGGUAUCAUCAUCUCCUUCAUUAGUAUCAACGUCAUCCUCUCCACCAUUUUCAUCUUCCUUGUCUUCACAAACAGUGAGUUCUGGUUCAUUGGAGGGGUUUAGUGCAAGUGGUUCAUCUGAUUUUUGCCUGUUUCUCUAUGCUUGGAGUUACAAUUAG